GAAGCAUUCGAGAUGCUCCUUUGUAAAGCGUCUUUUUACACAUACGCUCAGUCGUAAUAGUCGUUACAACAGUCGUGCAAUAGACCCUUCCUACACAAAGGCCCUGCUAUUUGUUGGCUUUCGACCAAUCACAUCGCCUGUGGUCACCCACGCGACAGAAUGCUUUGCCCCCGGCAGGCUGAGCUGAAUACCUGAGAGGCUUACAUGUCUCGAGACAAUGAAACAGCCUUCCUCCAUGUGUACGCAUAAAACAACAGCCACCAUGAAAGUAGCAUCUUUUAACAUUCAGAAGUUUGGAAAAAACAAAGUGUCAGACCCAGACGUCCUCGCUAUCCUGACUAAGAUCGUGUCUCGAUAUGACAUCAUUGUGAUCCUAGAAGUGGUGGACAUCACCGGAGAGUCAGUUAAAACCUUCCUGGACUCACUCAACAGAUCCAACAGCAGGCAUCACUACACUCUGAAGAUCAGCAGUCGUCUGGGCCGGACGCGCUACAAAGAGCAGUUCAUGUUCCUGUACAGGGAUGACAUGGUUGACUUGGCUGACUCCCAUCAGUUUGAUGACCAGCUAACUGAGGGAGGGGACGUUUUUGCUAGAGAUCCCUACAUCCUGCGAUUCAGAUGCCACAAUACAGUGCUGAAGGACCUAGUGAUGAUCCCAGUUCACACCAAACCGGAGGACUCGGAGAAGGAGCUGGACGAGCUCUACGACGUCUUCCAGCACGUCAAGCAGAAGUGGAGGACUGAUAACGUGAUGAUCCUGGGCGACUUCAAUGCCGACGGCUCCUACGUCUCCAAGAGCGAGAUGAAGGACAUCCGUAUCCGCAGCGACAAAAACUUCCACUGGCUGAUUGGGGACGAUGUCGACACGACGGCCAGCACCGGGAACAACUACACGUACGACAGGAUAGUGAUCUACGGAGACGACAUGCUCAGGUCUAUCAUUCCAAACUCUGCCAAGCCCUUCAACUUCCAGAAGGCAUAUGGACUCAGCGAGGAGCAGGCUCUGAAAGUCAGUGACCAUUACCCAGUGGAGGUGGAGCUGAAGUCCAUAACUGACACAUCAGAUGAAGAGGAUGGUAACCAGCAUGAUUAUAUGUCUGAAACAGCGGCAGCAGGUUCAGUCGGUACCACCGGGGCUCUUGGCCAUGGAUGAGGAUCUGCUGAAUCUGAAGAAAGGAAACCUGCUGCUGGAGAGGGAGAAGCUAAGCCUGGAGAUCCAGAUCCUCCGGCAGAAAAUGGCCAAGAUAAAACAUGGGGAUGAUGUUUGAAUCAGGAGGCCAGAUCCGUCCAAAACAAUGAAGUGUUACCUUAACUCCUCACAUACGGAGCCAUAUUUCAAAUAAUGUGCCGUGUCAGUAUGUGGCAUCUUCUUUUACAAGAAAAGCUGCUGUUAUUUCUGAUAUUUGUAUUCACCACUUGCAAUUUCACUCAAGAGGUUGUUUUUUUUUACCAAUUUUCAAAAUUAAUCUACUACCUUCUUCUACCCUGACUGUGCGUGUAGGCGCACGGCUAUGCAGUGGGUUUAAAGACGGUGAUUACAAAUCCAAAAAUGACGAUAUUCCAUUAACAGCACGUAGACCCAAAGUAUUUCAAAAAUAAAUGGUACAGUCCUACUAAUAUAGACCUCGUUAAAUACGAUGCAUUGCUCUACCUUUAAACUACCCAGUAGUCUAUACAAUAUCUAAAAAUGGCUCCAAAUUCCCAAAUUACAACAUUGAGUAAUAGUAUCUAAUAAUACAAUAUAUUUUUUAAAAAUGUUUUGGCAUCAUGAGUACAUUGACUUUCAAUACUUCUAGUGUGUUUUGUUGAUAAUACUUCUGGACGCAGGAUUAUAACUUGUAGCGGAGUACUUUUCCCCAAGUAAAGGAUCUGAAUACUUCGUCCACCAGCGUGCGUGGGUCACUAACGGCUGAGAAAGGAGGCCGGCCCUAUCUCCCGUUGCAUCGCUUCAGUGGAGCGUUUUCACAGCAAACAUUUUGGCAUGCCAUAGCAGGAAAAGCCCAGUUGCAGUUAAUAACAUAAAACAGCGAGGCACAUUCCAUUCAGGUCGGCCGGUUUUGGAGGUCCUGUAUCCUGCGUGCCGGCUCACUGGCAGGGCUUAAUAGAGCCAGCCUGUCCUUAACGAAAGCCGUUUUGCUCUUCAUGCUGUGACAAGUCAAAAUAUCUGCUGUGAAAAAGGUCCCCUGAGCUUCGUGGUGGGGGCCUGGUGU